CCAAGCGCCGCCAUGUUCGCCUCGACGCGGCAGUGGUUCAAGCGCAAUCGCACGCCCUUGGCCAUCGGUGCUGGUGUUGUCGGCGCCGGCUACGUCGCGACCCAAUAUGUCCUGACCAAGCUCAACAAUGCGCGCGAGCGCAUGAGCAGCGAUCGCAUAGCCAAGGAGAAUUUGCGACGCCGCUUCGAACAGAACCAGGAGGACUGCACCUUUACUGUCCUCGCCCUCCUACCUACCGCGACCACCAACAUCCUCGAGGCCCUCAAUACCGAAAGAAUCACAUACGAGAUCCAGCAGAUGAAGAGCCCAGCCAACAGGAAGAAGAGCAUCAGCUCCCUCGCCCCAACCAUAUCCGAGGUCGGCACCAUGGACGACGAUGGCCGUAGUAUGAUCAGCGGAUUCAGUGUGCAGAGCGACGGUGGCGCAUAUCCCAGCUUCCUGGCCCCAGGACCUCUACCAUCUGUCGCAGAGGGCGAGUCGGCCGGCGGCGAUGUUCCCCAACAAGAGGCGCCCAAGAAGUCGCGAAAGACUAAGAGACAACUCUGGGAUGACCUCAAGAUUAGCUCAAUCACCCGUUCCUUCACUUUGAUUUACACUCUCGGUCUACUGACCAUGCUCACACGGAUCCAGCUCAACCUCCUCGGCCGUCGCAGCUAUCUCUCAUCCGUCGUCUCCCUCGCCACCGGCUCCACGCGAGAGGGCGCCAUCGCGCUCGAGAACAACGAUGACGACGGCGAUCUCGACGGGGAAGGCCAGGCCUACGGCUCCGAUUUCGAAGUCAACCGCAAGUACCUCACCUUUUCCUGGUGGCUUCUCAACCGGGGCUGGGUAGAUGUCAUGCAGCGGGUCGAGUCCGCCGUCCGACAAGUCUUUGGCCCGCUCUCGCCUCGCGACACCAUCACCUUCGACGCCUUCUCCAAGCUUACCCGUGAGGUGCGCACCAUCAUCGAAGGCUCUCCUGCCGGUCAGGCAGGCGGCGCAGCAGGAGCAACCACGCAAUGGCUCCCCUUCCUCCUCCCGCCACAAAACAUGGAAGACUUUGUCCUCCGCGAAUCCGGCAUCCUGCUAGAGGACAACUCACAACAACUCUCGUCGCCGCCCAGCGCCACCCCCGGGGAGGGCGGCGGCGAGUCCACCAUCUCCCUCCGCCGCCUCCUCGACGAGACCGCCGACCUGAUCGAGUCCCCCGCCUUCUCCUCUGUGCUCACCCAGCUUCUCGACGAAGGCUUCGCCGUCCUUCUUGACCGCAAACUCACCGUCGGCGCCUUUGAAGCGCACGCCCCUCCCGCCGCCGUUCCGCCCGCCGUCACACUGACUCCCGAAGCCGGCGCCGUCGCCAGCGGCGCAGACGACGUGGUGACAUCCACGACCCUCGUCGCCACUUCGUCUGACCUCCACAACGCGCGCCAAAGUAUCGACAUUGAACGCCCCGUCACCCGCGCCGUCCUGCUUCCCAAGAUCCUCUCCAUCCUCACGCGCCAGGCCCACGCCAUCGGCAACGGCAUGCCCAACGAGUACCUCCAGGCCAUGGAAGGGGUUAGGGACUUGGAAGGGUUUGCGGCGGUGGUGUACAGCAGUAAUUGGCAAGCGGAAAUUGCUAGUGAGGAGUAUGCUGGUGUUCCGGCACCUGCUGUUCCUCCUCCAGCAGCAGCAGCAGCAGCUCCUAGUAGGGGAAGUAGGAGAGAAAGGACAGCAGCAGCAGCAGCAGCAGCAGUAAGAGUGGAAGAGUCAGGGGUGUUGGUGGAGUCACAGCCAUUAGGUGCUGUGGAAGAGAGCCUGGUGGUUGUGGAUCCUAGUCCUGAUCCGACGGCUGGGUUUGAUAGUGCGUGGGAGAGGGCCAUGAGCGCGUCGCAGGCGGGGUCGAGGGGCCCGUCUUUUGAGGAUAGGAGAUAA